CGAUUAUUCACGGACACUUCCGAAUCCACCGUUGGAGCGAUUGAAACUAGGAAUCUUCUUGCUAAGAUUUCCUCUAGCUGUUAGCUAACAGAGCUUUCGAACAUGACUGCUGCUAUUGUUCCGUCCUGCUUUCAGCUUGCAGCACACACUCUCUCUAUUCCAGUUAGUCUACAUGCAACCAAUAGGAAGCGGUUAUGUGAGCGUCUAAAAAAAAUUGAAGGUGUACCAUCAGGAGCAAUAGUUUUGCUACAGGGAGGAGAACAAAGUCAACGAUACUGCACUGAUACCGAUGUUGUUUUUCGGCAGGAAUCAUAUUUUCAUUGGACCUUUGGUGUUCUAGAAGCUGAUUGUUUUGGUGCUGUAGAGGUGGAUACAGCAUGUGCAAUCUUGUUUGUUCCACGUCUGCCUCCAGAAUAUGCUAUAUGGAUGGGAAAGAUCCACAGCCAGGAGCAUUUUCAGAAAAAGUAUGAAGUGGGUGAGGUCUUUUUUACAGAUGAGAUAGCUGAAGUACUACAGAAGAAGUCUCCAUCUGUUCUCUUGACUCUUCGAGGACUCAACUCUGAUUCAGGUCAUCAUUGCAGAGAAGCAGCAUUUGAUGGCAUUAGCAAGUUUAAUGUGGAUAGCAAGAUUUUGCAUCCAGAGAUUGCUGAAUGUCGAGUUUUCAAGACACCUCAGGAAUUAGAAGUGAUGCGCUAUGUUAACAGGGUCAGCAGUGAGGCACAUAAAGAGGUGAUGAAACGUGUCAGACCUGGGAUGGCAGAAUUUGAAAUGGAAAGCUUGUUCCAGCACUUCUGCUAUUCUCAGGGUGGAUGUCGUCAUAUGUCCUACACAUGUAUUGGAGCAAGUGGUCAUAACUGUGCUACUCUCCAUUAUGGCCAUGCAGGAGCACCAAAUGACAAGAAGAUCCAUGAUGGAGAUCUGUGCUUGUUUGACAUGGGAGGAGAAUACUAUUGCUAUACGUCAGACAUCACUUGUUCUUUUCCAGCCAAUGGCAAGUUCACAGAUGAUCAGCGUAAUAUUUAUGAAGCCGUUUACAAAGCCAGUCGUGCAGUCAUGGCAGCCGUUAAACCUGGUGUAAAGUGGCCUGAUAUGCACCGUUUGGCAGAGCGUGUCCAGCUACAGUGUCUUAGAGACAUGGGGCUCCUGAAGGGAGACCUGGAUGAAAUGAUGAAGGUUCAUCUUGGGGCUGUUUUUAUGCCUCAUGGUCUGGGACAUUUAAUGGGACUGGAUGUGCACGAUGUUGGAGGAUACCCAGAGGGUACUGAACGGUUAAAAGAACCAGGCCUCCGCUCGCUCCGAACCACUCGUGUAUUAGAAGAGGGAAUGGUACUGACCAUUGAGCCAGGACUUUAUUUUAUUGAUGCUACUUUGAAUCCUGCUUUGGAAAACCCUGAGACGGCGCGAUUCUUCAAUCAAGAAAUGCUACAGCGAUUCAGGAAUUCUGGAGGGGUUCGAAUUGAAGAUGGUAUUGUGGUGACGUCAGAUGGAAUGGAGCUGAUGACGUGUGUUCCACGUACUGUGCAAGAAAUCGAGGCUUUGAUGGCAGAGGGAGCCAGUCUCCCGCCCCAUUUCUCCCCUUCAGUUUCAUCCCAAGUAGCAAAUUAAGUUCGAUUAGAUCUCUUUGCACAAAUGUGUAACUACCGAAUCAUAAGCAAUAUCAAGCAUGACUUGAACUUUACCACCAAAGUGAUCCAUACAAGCUAAAAUGUUAAUGCUCUUUUGUGUGAAAACUGUUUGUGACGAUUCCUUCAGUUUUAUCAAUCAUUUUUCUGUCGUGAGUGAUAUCAUUAUGUGAGAAAUAGAGACACUACAUUUAUUUGACAGAAGUUAAUUCUUAACCUCUCAGGGGUUAAAUUUCUCCUUGCAAAAUCAAAGAAUCAUCUACACGGUAUCAUACAGAAAGAUGGGACAAGGAAGAAAAAAUUAACCUGGCAACAUAGUUCGAUUAGAUACCAAAUUCUCCUAGCUAAAAUGGUAAAAAGUGUAUGGCAGAAAGUAAGGAGAAUCGCAAUUUUAGAAGUUAAUGAUCAAGCAUUGUUCAUGACCAAACGAAUAAGUAACCCAGAGAUAUUAAGCUCAACAGAUGCAAUUCUGUGCAAGCUAAAAGUUUGAAAAUUGGUUUAGCUGGUUAAAUCGAAAAUUAACUAUAGAAAGUUUACUAAAGUAAGGAAUAGAUACCUACAUCAAUUCAAUAACUUUAUGCAUUCCUCGAAAGUCUUCAUGAAAGAAAAUUUGACAAAAUUUUUUAAUUAAGAAAAUUCGCCAGAAUAAAUUAGAAAUACUUUGAAAUUAAAUAACAUAUGAUUUUAAAAGCUUAUAACCGACUCCUUUAAUGCCUGGGUGUCAUAAUAAACACUGAUUUUCUUUCCUUUUUC